GGCCAAUAGUUAAUCCCUGUUGGGGUGGCUUAGGUCAGGAUGGACGCUUCCCCCCCUUCCCAACCCGACAGCUGUCUCUUCCUAGCCUCAGCUAUUUCCUCUCAAUAAUUCCACCAUUAAGCGGAAGAUUCUUGUUGGGCCACUAGGCGGCAAUACCCAAGUGCGUGGUCAACCACUGCAUCAACAGCCUGAGCAUAUCUUGCCUCCACUGGUAGCUCGGCUAAGCAUUUGAAAUCGAGAGGCACCCAUAUUACGGAGUACACCUGUCACCAGAUCGACGGAAUUCCUUGUCUUGUGGGGCACGGUUCAGCCUGGACCUUCCACGAUAUCAGUCGCCACUUUCCUUCUCUAAUCUGAUCCUUAUCGCUCCUGCAACAUUAUAAUAUACACUCCACCGUCGAGCAGGCAUCUCGACGAAAAUCAAACGAGGGGCAUCUCCAUAGGUUGGGAUUCGAGACUCCCGCCUCUGCAGACAACAGGAUGAGACAAGAAUACACUGGCUCGUCACAAAAUGGCGAUCCCAGUCGCCGCAACCAGAGCAGUCAAAGCGCGCGCCCCGAUCCUCCAGACGACUCUUCUCAAACAUCUGACCGACUCGCCGAGGAACUGGUUUAUUACCGAAGCUUUCUCGAACAGCUAUUAGGAUUAGUGCGCAACGGUGAUCAGGAUACUGUCAACCAGAUGGUCUCCAUGAUUCGUUCGGAUGCAUCUCACCAGCAAAUUCUGGCAGCCUUGUCUGAGAACUCCGCCAACGAUGACCAGGCUGCCCAAGGGGCCCGUGGUCGGAACAAUCACAAUCCGAACUGAAUAUCUCCAACACUGUUGUUCCUCGCAUGCCCAGCAGGGGUUGUCCGCAUGACGCAUGAUCGUUUGACAUGGUCUUCACGAGGUGUCCUGGUCCCCUUUGAACGCAGAUGAGGGUGGUGGGAUACAGCUAGACGAGUUAUUCGUAUAUCUUUCUGUCUAGUAUCAUAUUAGUCGGCUUUUUUAAGACAAGGAAGUCUACCUAUCUAUCGUCUCACAAGCCAUCCCAGAGAGAGCCACUACCGGCAGUUGAUAUAGCUGCCGUGUGCUGAGAGAACGCUGUGUACGAUCCUUAAGACCAGCAGAUGUCUCGUACCAGGUAUUGUGUUGCAGUCAGGCUCUUGUUGCACCAUCUUUAUCAGUUAGCAUACUGUAUACCUAGAGGAGCCAUGGUAACCGUCCCUAUGGUCAUAGCUCGCUAUUCCAAUGGAGGCAAGCCUUGGAUGCACCGCUAUCCAUUCCUACCCCCUACUCUUUUGGCUUAGCAUAGCCAUGUGCUAGCUGGGUCUCCGAAUGCCCACUCUGGUGAAAUAGGGUGCUCGAUGGGCAUAAUCGACUUGGCUGCUUCCCAAAACAGCUAUACAUACCAACUGUCGCACUUAGUUAUCGAAUUCAAAUUUUGACAAUAAGAAAUGAUGAGUUGAGAAGGUGAUUGAGCGAUCA